CGGUUCAUAUGCCAUCAUGAGCGGCUCAGUGCUUCGCUGUGCUGUGAUGAAGACCCCUGAUGAAACGGUCAGCAGCACCGAGGGCGCACGGAUUCCUCGCCACAUCUGAGUAGACGACCUCCUACCGACUUACUUCACGUCACCCCGCCCGUCUGCCUGCCGUCUCCUCCCUAAAACCUUUUUCCUCCGACCAAGCCUUUGAGCGACUCUGGGCUUGGAGAGAAAGAAAGAAAGGAAAAGAGAUCCAGAGAGAGAAAGUGUGGGAGAGUCAAAAUACAGACUCCCAACAUCACCUAGACUACCUGCUCCAGCACAACAAGGGGAGGAGGACGCACAAGUGCAGGCGCGUCCAUGCGUGCCAGCCGAACAAGACAUUAAGCGGGAGGGGAAAACAGGACCACAAAUAACAUUGGAAUAAGAGUUGUAUCCCGAGAACUCUUUAGGGAGGAAAAGCGCACAGCUUUGCUACAAGAACAAGACAGCCUAAAUGAGUACAUGGUAAGAAGAGUCAUGCAUCUCAACAGAGAAGAAGACAACAGCAAAGGCUCGGUGUCUCUCAGUGUGUUCCUGGUGUCUGUUGCAUGUGUGGUUUGCGCCGUUUGGUUGGUUGCUCUAUGUGGCGUCUGCACAUGGUGUCAACGUAAACUGGGGAAAAGGAAUAAACCAGGGGUGGAGGCUGCCAGCUCUCCAGAUUCUGUGAGAGGUCGAGGGGAAAAUAAAGCCAUCAACGAUCUAGACAGAGACUUUUGGAAUAACAAUGACAGCAGCAAUGUGCAACAGAGGUGGAGCUCCUACCCGCCCAAGGAGUUCCUCUUAAACAUGUCUCCAUAUGCUCCCUACGGAGACCCUCGCCUCACGCCCAAUGGGGCCGUGGCUAAGGGUGGGCAGGGCGGUGCUGGACCCUCACCGGGGGCCAGCGACAGCGGGGUUGGUGCUUGCUCUGACACUGGGGCGGGGCCAAGUCGCAGUGACAGCGUUCGGAGCAUGGUGACAGGGGGCAGCAAGGCCGGGCGCUGGCAGACGGUCCAGAGCCACAUGCAUGCCGGAGGCCUGCGGUUUAGCAAUUUCGGGGACACCUCCCUCUCCUCUGCCUCCACCCUGGAGCACAUCCCAUCCUCGGCCGUGGCUCGUCCUCGUCCCCUGGUCCGGCAGCAGAGCCUCCAACAGCCCCUCACUCACCAGCCCCCUCCGGGUCCCAACGACCCCCCGGUCACCUCACAGAGCCUGGGCCAGCUGCACACGGGUCCAGGCGGCGGGGGCCACCGUGGAGGCCCGCGGGGGGUCCGGGGGAGUCCGGCUGGAGCCUCCCGGUACAGAGGAGGAGGGGCGGGCCGAUCGAGGUCGAACCCAGGCAGCUGGGACCACAUGGUGGAGCAGAUCCGUCACAGAGGGCUGGACGUCAAGUCGUUCUUUGAGGGGAAGAUGGUUGUUCUGUCUCUAGCUAUCGGGCUGGCUGAACAGGAUGACUUUGCCAACCUGCCAGAUCUACAGGAAGCGCCAGCGAGCAAAGAAAACGAAACCACACCAGAAAAAAGAACUCCAGGUAACAAAACAGGCAACAGCCCCAGAGGACAGACCCCAGAUGAGACCGGACGGCGCCAGGGGCCAAGCCACGAUGCCAACUCUUCUGUUUCUGACUUGGCCAACUCGGUCACCAGUGACAUGCUCAUGGUAACACACAAUGCCAACACACUGUCACCAGGUUCGGAGGAAGACGACCACGAAGGUCCAGUGUGUGAGAAGCUGGGUCGCAUCCAGUUCAGCGUCGGAUACAGUUUUCAGGACUCCACCCUCACCGUUAAAAUCCUCAAGGGCCAGGAUUUGCCUGCGAAGGACUUUUCCGGUACCUCUGAUCCAUUUGUCAAACUCUACCUGCUGCCAGACAAGAAGCACAAACUGGAGACCAAAGUCAAGAGGAAGAAUCUAAACCCCCACUGGAAUGAGACCUUUCUGUUUGAAGGGUUCCCCUAUGAGAAGGUGGUCCAGAGGACUCUCUACCUGCAGGUUCUUGACUAUGACCGCUUCAGCAGGAACGACCCCAUAGGAGAGGUGUCCAUCCCCCUCAAUAAGCUGGACCUGGCCAACAUGCAGACUUUCUGGAAGGAGCUCAAACCAUGUAGCGAUGGCAGUGGAAGUCGAGGGGAUCUGCUGGUGUCUCUGUGCUACAACCCCACAGCCAACACCAUCACUGUGAGCAUCAUCAAAGCCCGCAACCUCAAAGCCAUGGACAUUGGAGGCACUUCUGACCCCUAUGUAAAAGUGUGGUUGAUGCACAAGGACAAGCGUGUGGAGAAGAAGAAGACGGUGGUAAUGAAGCGCUGUCUGAACCCUGUUUUCAAUGAGUCCUUCCCCUUUGACGUGCCUGCCCACGUGCUGAGGGAGACCACCAUAAUUAUCACUGUCAUGGACAAGGACAGACUCAGUCGCAAUGAUGUCAUUGGAAAGAUUUAUCUUUCAUGGAAGAGUGGCCCUGCAGAAGUAAAACACUGGAAAGACAUGAUGGGUCAUCCUCGUGCUGCCGUGGCCCAGUGGCAUGCUCUCAAGGCCUGAGGGAUCCAGCUACCAACCUGCCUACAGUGUUUUUCUCCCCAAGAAUCCAGCAUCAGCCUCCCAGCCCCUGCCCUCAGCACAUAUCCCCAACUCCCUGAACGCAGUCUCAAGGCUGCAGACCAUGUAUCAUCUCUUUGUUCUCAGGCCUCUUUGAUAUUCCUUCGCCCUCAGUCCUUGUGACACCAUCUUUAAAUUUCACCCCUGUCAAGCUCUGAUUCCCACCUGACCCCCUCUCAUCCGUUUGUCUGAACUUAAAAAUGUCUUUGAUGUUUUCACUUACUUCCUCCUUGUGCCCUCUUUAUGAGAUUCUGUUUUUUUUUUUUUUUGACACAUCCCUCAGUCUGUCCUCCACCAUUUCAACCAUUCCCAGUGUUUAACAUCUAAGCAGUACCUCUUGCCACCCAUGAAUAUAAAGUACCAACCAAAAAUUUAAUUCAUAUUCCCACCAUUCUCCGUGGCGGCAAGAUGGGCUGUGUUCAAACAUGCACAUGAGUGUGACUGGCCUGUGCAACCCAUUUACCCCUUUCAUGUGGCGUUGCAGUGAGGAUUCUUCCUAUCUGCUGCUCACCUUUUUGUUCAAGUUCUCUUCCGUUUCCGUCACUUUUCCUCCAUGCCGUUAAAAUGCCUGAAAAAUCAGGAAACCCCACACAGGCAAUGGAGGAGUGAUGGGCUGUAUUUAAAAUGGACUGCAACUGGACACUGUCACUCGACUCAUGUUUGAACUUUUAGCACUUUUCACUCUUGCUCUGGUACCACUGUAAUAAUUCUCCCUUUGGCUGGAACCCCUUUGUUGUCUGUGUGUGCUGUGGGUGAUGUGCUGUAACCCCAAAUGAAGUUCUUUGACAAAAAUAGGAUAUGAACAUGAACAUUUAACACUGGUCUGAUAGGGCAAGUGUCAAAAAAGAUAUACUUUCCUAUUUUCUUGGAAAAGAAAUCCCAAUGGACGGAAAGAAAAAAACAAAGUGAUUAAUGUUGUGUUUUAUUUUUUGGUUUCAAAAGAACUUAGAGAAUCGACCUGUUCUUCCAGACACAGAAAAUAAGCAAAAAGCAGCUUCCAUAAGCUUGGAAGUGUGGAAUAAUGUAUGAGUGUUUGUGUGCGUGACAGAGUAUUUUAGACUUGCACAGCUAAAUCGAAGAGUUGAAAACAAAACAGCCCUUGAUAAUGAUUGUAGAACUUUUAGAGUUAGUAGAUUAGCUGAGCACGUGGGAGGAGGUCACUGAGUUUAAAGGGUCAGUCCACCCAAAUCACACCCCACAUGCAGUACUUUGUCAUGUACUUUAGCCUAAAUAUGAAGCAAGACAGACAGUUUCAGAUGGAAUUUAUUUGUGGUUCCAUCUGCAUUCAAAUUGUGAAAAUAAUCUGGAUGUUUGUUGAAUUAUUAAAACCAAAAUUCCAUAUACUUCCGUCAAACCAUGGUGGUCGGAGAGGUCUCAGUAACAGCAUGGAAACUUAGACCGAAACUUUCUGCCUAGCUUCAUAUUUCUAGGGAUAAAUGGAUAAAGCAUGUUUUUGUUUUUGUGACAAAAAAAGAACCUUAGCGCAAGGUCUCCUUUCUAGCUUUUUACUGCGUUGAAGCCCAAGACAUCAGUGGCUGGGGCAAAAAUUAUAACACCCUGAAGAAAACAGGGAGCGAGGACCUCACAGCACCAACACACAAUUGAUUAGUUUUGGUGCGGUGACGCCUCCUGCAAGCCAAGACCUGAAAAAUGUGUGGUCUGCCAUGAGAUUUGGAUUAACCUGCACAUCAAAUGACCUAGAAAGCAGAUCUUUUAAUGUUACUUUUCUGUUUUCAAUGUUGAGAAUAAAUGUUUAGGCUCUUUUUUGUGAUUUGGGAGAACAGACAAUUUAAGAAUUCAGGCAGUAAUGACUACAGGUGGGAAUACAUCAGUAAAUCAUUUACAUUAAAUUAAUCAAAACACAUUGUAUCUCCUUCAUUCGGCAUUACAGAAUACCAGGACUUUUUUCUCUUUUUGGUUCUACAGACCUCUGUGAGUCUAACGACAAUAUUAGACUAGAUUUUCUGUUUUUAUAGUAAAGCUCCAGCUUCUACUUGUUUGCUUUACUGCCUGAAUGUGACCUCUUCUGAGUCCUGUAUAGACACGUGCUGAUCAGAUGAAUGGAAACAAAUUAGAGUAAUAAUAUCUGGGGGAAGUCUUUUUACAUUCCACAGUUUUUGUCUACUGGGUGUGUGUAUGUGUGCAUGUUUGCACUGUGAGUGUGUGUCAGUAUUUGGACUUCAGUUCGUGUGAUUGUAUUUACUGUGAGUCCCUCUGUGUAUAUCUGCACUAAGUUCUAUUUUGCCAGUUUAAUACAGAACAGCAUUGUUGUUAUUUUGUAUGAAUCCAGAUGUACAAAGAAAUAUGUUUUUUUUUUCUUUUUGAAACGGUCACUUCUUUAAAAAUCACUGCACUUGUUGCCGACGAUGCUGGAACAAACCUCUCUCCAUCGCAGGGUUAUUUUCCUCGUGUGGUCUAACAGGGACGUUUGGUUUUGGGAGGAGGCCAAUCUGUUACACACGAGCUGAGAGUGAAGGUCAUCGGAGAAGUGUCACAAACAAAGCUUUACGGCAACCCACAAUAAAAACCUGUUUUAUUCGAGCAUCAGACGCCAGAUUUUUAGUUGAGACAGAAGCAGCUAGCAACAUUUUGUCCUGAAUGUCCUAUCUAUCCUUCCUAUGUGCUCCGAUCUGAUUCACCAAGGCCAAAAAUCGAAGGGUGGCUCCUAAACAUCACAGCUGACGCUCCCCUCAAAACACCCCCAUUGUGCACACAUGCUUUCUGGCACAAAGUGUUCUGUGUGUGCCUUAUAAACCCCGCCACGCCUUGCUCUUCACCAUAUGCGCUGCCUCCCCAAGAGUCAGGGAGGGGAGGAAAUAAAGGUGAUACAGGAGGUAAUCAUCACCUCUUUGCAAACUGUUAGCUACGUCUCAGGUCAGAGCCGAGCAAUGGAGCAUCCCAAAAUAACCAGGAACAUAGUCAUGUGUCUGUCCUGACGGCCCCGCGUGUUAAACAGGGGGUUAUUUCAAAUGCUGCCGACAAAGCAUUACAUUCCAAAGGCUUCGGGAAAAGUCACUUUAAUCAAUGCAACUUAAAUAUUGGUUGAAGAUUAGUCAGGGUUUGGUAUAUUUUUUUAAAGAAAUCCAGCUAGAUUCAUCUUUCUACACUCUUCACUGGCCAAAUUACCACACACUGGUAAAGUUUCUUUAGGGCAUUCUCUUAAGGGACUGCUUGAGACAAAGAGAGGUUAACCAGCAACAUUUUAAUUUAUAUACUGUAUAAAUGAUUGUAAGUGUCCUGUAUGAAAAAAAGAAAAAAAAUCAUCAGUAUUUGCUGGGGUUGUUGAUAUCUGUCUGUCGUUGGUAUCACUAACCCCCUGUCUUUCACUCACUUUUCUCUUUGUAGUUACACAUCCGUGGGGUGCCCAAUGUUAAAUAUCAACCAUUUAUUUUUUUGAAAUCUGUACAGUGUAUAUAAUAAUAUAAAUGUGUAUAUAAAACAAA